AGAAAGAAGUAUAUAAUGUAUAUGCAGUAGGCUUUAUUCACACAUUUAUUUCCGGAUGUAAUGCAAAAUGGCGCCGUUGAAUGUGAAAUGUUAUUUUGCUGUUUUUCUAUUAAUUGGAACAUUCUCCAGAGUUAAGGCUGGUGAUGAAGCAUGCAUCACUGAAGGAGGUACUUGUCAAGAGAAUGACCAAGUGUGUGAUGGGAAGUAUAAAACUGGUCUUUGUGGAGGGGGAAUCAACAGACAGUGUUGUCUUCCAGCCUCAGAUGGAUGUAGCAGUAAAGUCAAAGAAAUCGCAUGCAAAAUAAAAGCCACAUCAAAAAUAAAUUUGUUGACAAAGAACCCUUCUGGGGUAGAAGACGGUGCCGAUCCUUACAGCAACAUUCGAGACGCUUGUGAUGGAAAGCCAUCAAAAAGGUCCAGAUACAGUUGUACUGAAGGCACAUCCCCAGGGGGCGUUGUUUGCUUGAAAGCCAGCAUUCUUCAUUUCAUUUAUGAUCUUGGAACGUCUACCGAAUACAAUUAUCAGGUUAAUGCCAUUGCGGGUGCAUGCCAUACUUCUACGUCUAAACAUUAUUUGGGACAAGCAGUUGAUCUUCAGUUGGACAAAGAGCCUACCGGUGGUAGAAAUAAAAAACAAGAGAAGUCAUUCACGGACGCCUGUAAGGCUGCUGGAGGUUGGACUCACGGAGGAACUCAUGUUCAUUGUCAGAUAGUUCAACCCUAUCUACAACCUCUUGCGAAUACCGCCUUACACCUGAAGAACACUAUGUUCAACGUUCUGCGUCUAGUUACUGUGGCUGUCGUACUACGCUUGUUCUAACAUUAAACAGAGACCACAAGGGAAAACCAAAUGUGAAGACAAUCUCUGUAUAUUUGGGAAUUAGUUAAUGUACUCCACACAUGGAUUUAAAAAUCACAUGCGUUAAUGUUAAUUAUGAAGUUUUACCUGGAUGGCAUCAGUUUCCACUGUUUGAGUUUCUGGGUUACUUUUAUAUGCAGAAAAAUCAAAUAUCAACUCUACGAUUUAUUCCCUUGCGCCUACACUGUACUGCAUCAUUUCAAGAUCAUGGAUCUCCCCAAUAUUUUUCAUUUCAUCAAUGGAUGUAUAAAAAAAACUACACAAGAAGUCCUAUAAUUAAAACAAAGUAUGUUUGAUUUUGUACGUUAAUAUACAUACUUAAGAAUUUCAGAGAGUUACAUUUACUGAUUAAAUCUUUUUUCGUGUAUAAAUUA